AUGGAUGCUCCCCAGGACAGCCAACAUACAAAGUAUACCGACAGCGAGAAAAGCCAACUCAGCCUCGAACUCGAUGCACGGUCGUCAAGGAGAUUAUGGUUCAAGAUGGACUUCUUUAUACUUCCAGUCGUCGGCGCAUUCUAUUCCUUGUCGAUGCUCGACAGAACGAGUAUAGGCAAUGCGCAGGUGGCAGGACUACAAACCGACCUCAAAAUGACAAACACGCAGUAUAGCAUUGCCCUGACUGUCACCUACAUCCCGUACAUUGUCGUUGACCUCCCCUCAAAUUUGCUACUUCGGGUCAUUGGACCGAACUAUCUCCUGCCCACCACAGUGGUCCUCUGGGGCGUAGUCACGGCCCUUCAAGGACUGGUGAAAAGCUAUAGCGGCCUCCUUGCCUGUCGGUUCUUCCUCGGACUCUUAGAGGGCGGCAUCUUCCCCGGAUUGGUAUUAUACCUUUCGCAUUUCUACCCCCGCGUCAAAAUGACCACCCGUGUAUCUGCAAUGUACGCUUUCGCCUCAAUCACAGGGUCGUUCGCAGGGAUACUCGCCUUUGGUAUCUCACAAAUGCAUGGCAAGCUCGGACAUUCAGGGUGGCAAUGGAUAUUCAUCAUCGAAGGCUGUUUCACUAUCUUUGGCGGCAUCGUGAAUGGCUUGCUCAUGCCUCGAGAUCCCAUGUCUGCGAACUUCUUGCGUCCAGAGGAGCGCGAGUAUGUCGCCAGUCAGGUUUCUGAGUCUGGUGGAGAGAAGUUCGAGUGGAGAGAAGUCAGGAAGGCAUUCCUCACGCCGCACGUUUGGAUCCUGAGUGUUGUAUUCUUCUUUUCUGGCAUCCUCCUCUUUGGUUUGGCUUACUUUACACCGUCGAUUGUCCAGAGCUUGGGAUACAGUUCGGCCCGCUCGAACCUCAUGAGUGUGCCGCCGUUUGCUGUCGCCUUUGCGGUGUCAUUGGGCACCUCCUACUUAUGUGACCGAUUCCAUAUCCGAGGCCUUGUCUGCAUCAUCUCCUCCAUCGUCUCCAUGAUAGGAUUCAUUGUCUUUCUCAAAUCGACGGCCCAUGACACCCGGUAUGGCAGUCUGUUCCUCUCCAUACCUGGGGCGUUUACCUCCGCUCCGACGCUGGCGGCAUGGAACGCGGCCAAUUCUGAGCCGCAUGUUCGCCGAGCGACGACGAUCGCUAUUGGGGUUAUGAUGACGAGCGCCGGGGGGAUCUUGUCGACGUGGUUGUUGGGGAGCUUGAGCGCUGCGCCUGAUUAUACGCUUGGGACUAGAGCGAUGAUUGCGUUUAGCGCUGCAAUGGCGAUGGGGUCCGCGGUGUGCUUGGGGUAUUUCAAGUGGAUGAAUCAGAGGAAGAAGACGGUGCUGGGACGGGGGGUGAAUCGUUCUGUCGGUCACGUUGAGAACACGGAUUACAAUUUUUGA